CACCGACUCGGGCAGCAGCGGUGCUACCCUCCGGGAAGCGGAGAACCAGUCCAGUGUCUCCUCCGCCGACCGCGUCCUUCGGCAGUGUUGUGUGUUUUUAGUGUGAAAACACCAUCAACGAAACACGAACGUUCGGGAAAUCGGCGAGUUGGUCUUAGUGGAGUUUGUCGGAGUUUCUAAGAAGUUGUGCUAGUUGUUGGGAGAUAGAACCGAGGAGGAGGAGAAAUGUUGCUGGUGUUGUUUUGAACCAGCUCCAUUUUCCUCCGGAGAGAGCGGGGAGAGACAGAAGAUAGACAGUAGAAGGAAAGGAGAGAUGGCCGAAGCGCGGACAGACGAGGAAGAGGAGGGUGGACUGGAGACGUCGGAAGAACCAGUGGUUCGCCGACAACCGAGGCCAGGCGCCGGUGGAGAUCGCCCUAACAGACGUAAGCCAGAACAUCGUCACAGCCAGGGGCCUCUCUCGUCCAUCAGAGCUGUACUGAAGCGUACUACCACAAGGUCUACAUCUGUCAGUGAGGGACCCAGAGAGCGAGAGAGAGAGCGAGUACAAGACAGAGAGAGAGACAGAAGGCGACCGGAGAUCACCAUCCUAUCAGCGGAGCCGCUGUCCUCCACUUCCUGGUUCCCAGGGGCAUCUGGGGGAUUCCCACCCCCCCCUCCUCCCGCCAGUCAGAUCUGGACCCCCACCAUCCCCCCCACCAUCAAGCCUCCUCCCUCCUACGAGGAAGUCAUCAGAGAGAAGUCCCAGGAACAAGUCCUCCUCCCUCCCCCCGCCUCCUCCCUACCUCCCCCCUCCUCCUCUUCCUGCCUGAGGUCUCUCUCCACGGUAACCAGCGCCACCCAGACCGACCUGGGUCCGGCCCCCCCUGACCCGCAAUGUGCUGCAGUACUCCGAAGGCCGUCCAGACCCCCCCGUCCGGCGUUCCCCACUCCGCCCCGACCGCUGUCUCACGUUGAUGACCUCAUCAGCACCGAUGCCGGCCAGUCCCCCCUGAGACCAGCGCGGACCCAUGGUCGGACACGCCCCCGUUCCCUCGUGACCUCUGCGUCCUGCGCUCAGACCGACCGGUGGGAGCCUCUCUCUGUGGUGGCUCCUCCCCCUCCCUCGAACCCCUCCCCCCGCGCCCCGGUGGAGCGCCCCCGGCCCCGGCCCCGUUCUAGACUGAUCGAGGGGCCUGUCGGCGCCGACGUCCAGGUCCAGACGCUGGUGAAGCUGCGCGCCGACGGUCCGGCCACGCUCGCGGCCCUCGGACGGGGGGGCGACGCCGCCGACCAGGAAGUGAGCCAGGGGAAGUACCUGCAGGAGCUGCUGGAGGCCUUCAGCGCAGACGACUGGGGUUUCCCUGAAGACCGCAGGGGCGACAGCGGGCCCAGCCAAUCAGAGAGCGAGGAGGAGGAGGUAGAGGAGGAAGAGGGGGACAUGGCUAAACUGAAGGCCAGGAUCGAUGCCUUCCAGCAGGAGCAGCCGCCACUGUCUGACAGUUGUCAUGGAGACGUUGGACCCGCGGGGUGUACAGCCGCCCCGACGCGGCCAGAGCCACGCCCCCGUCUCCAGGGGCAACCGGCCAAGCCAGCCCCUCCCGCCAUCGCACCCAAACCCAAACCUCAGUGCAAGGAAUUCUGGGAGGACGGAGUCUCCCCCACACCCGUCCCGGAGAAGCCCUCUCCCUCCGGGAGCCCCGCCCCCAAACCCUCCCCCAGGCCCCGCCCUGCCCCUCGGGCCAGCCUGGGGACCACAGCCCCCCCGAGACCCCCCAGCCUGCCUGGGACCCGCACUGAGAGAGAGGCACAAGCCCCUGGGAAGACCAGCAGCACACCCACCACAGGCGACAGCACCACCACCACAGACACCGUGAAGACAGGAAGUGAUCGUCCCGCCGUCCCAGGCAAACCCUCCAGCCUGACGUCCAUGUCAUCAAGGAGAGCCAGCGCUCCAUCUCUGGGCUUGAAGCCCACUGUGUCUCCUACCCCUCCUGCACUGGGCGUCAAACCGCCCACGCUGCCCGCUGCCCCCCAGGCCCCAACACAGAGGAGGAUCAGCUCCGGCCCCCCCCCAAGGCCUUCAGGGGUGAAAGCCCUCCCCCUUCGCCCUCCACCAAUCAAAACGGUUCCUGGCCGACCGCCCCCUCCAACCGUCAACCCCACAUCCUCAUCAGUAGCCAAUCAGACGCCUCCGUCCCGAACUAAGCCGGCCCCGUCAGCGUCGUCUGCCAUACAGCAGCCGUCUUCCCUCCAGGAGAGCCCCGCCCCUUCCUCUGUCCCAGCCAAUCACAAGCAGGGGCAGAAGGCCUUGAAGAAAGGACCGCCCCUUCCACCUAGACCGAAACCUGGACACCCGCUCUAUGUCAGCUACAUGCAGAAACAAGAAGUCCUGAUUGUCCUUGACAACCACGGCUCCACUCCUCCCAUACCUCAGCUGAUCACGGAACAGUCUGUUGACCAAUCAACAUGUCUCCUGGACAUCCAGCAGGAGGUACUCCCUGGUCCGGACAGCCAUUCAAAAGUAGUCUCUGAGGAGUUUGGCAUCUCAGACAUUCAGUCCAGUUUCAUGGUUCAGCCCUCGAAACGGAAGGAUCCAGAAGUAUCGCCACCUAUCAGUGGUCCCAGGUGUGUAGCCAGGUGUGACUACGAUGGACAGGAGGAGGAUGAGCUGACCUUCUCCCAGGGUGAUGUCAUCGCUCUCUCAGAGCUGAUUGGUCAGGAGUGGGGGCGGGGCCAGAUCCAUGGGCGAACCGGCAUCUUCCCCCUCAACUUCACCCAGGUCCUGGAGCCCCUCCCAUCGCCGUCGCCCAAGGCAACCACAGAAGCCAUUUCUCUGACAACGGAUGUCUCUUUACUGGAGAAUACUGAACCAACGUCCUCUGAAUCCCCAGUCGUCACGGAGAAGCAGCGGGAGAAGCAGGAGGAAUGGGCCCGGGCGGUGUUUAACUUCCCUGGUCAGACGGUGGACGACCUGUCGUUCCAGCAGGGGGCGCUGAUCAGAGUCCUGCAGCACAUCGACUCAGACUGGAGGAGAGGGAGAGUGGAGGACAGGGAGGGGCUCUACCCUGUGGCCUUCACCGAGCCCUAUACCGGAGGUGUAUGUAAAGGUCAGCCGAACCAAGACCAGCCCCCACCCGGCAGCGGAGUGGCCAAGGCUCUGUUUGACUUCACAGCAGAGAGCCAAGAUGAACUCACUCUGAAGAUCGGGGACGUCCUCAGCGACGUGGAGUCUUUAGACGCCCUGUGGAUCGUGGGAGUCGUGGGUGGACGGCGCGGGAUGGUCCCUAAAAACUACGUUUCCCUUCUGUGAGACGCGGUUGUACGAGUGCGUGGGGGAAGUGGCCCCCUUGUUGGCCCUCAACUGGACGAUCUGGGGGGGAGUGGAGGCGAAGUGUCCAGCGGUCCGUAGCACAAUGCGAAGCCGGGCGACCUGUGUUAUUCACUAGUUUGUAUCCUUUUCCUCCUUCUUGCAUCCUGCUGCCUUAGUGUUCAUAACCAUUUCGCUGUCCAGCCUCUGAUUUAGAGACACUGUUCUGCCGAAGCAUCCUCUGUGUUGCCUUUGGCGAUGGGCGACCACACCAGGAAGUAUGUGUAACGUCUCCUCGACUACAGUAGAACGCACAACGUGGCCUCGCCGACGCCAAGAGACAAACACUACGACUGUCGCCAGAACGACGCUGCUGCCUCCCUUUUGUUGAGUUGUUUUACUACUUCAUGUGUCACACUCCACCCCCCCCCGUUGUACUGUGCCCUCCACGUUACCAUGGGCACAGUAUGCCGGGGGUAGGGGGCGGGGCUUCCCCCCCCAUGUCGCUGGUCUGGACUGAGCUAAAGGUCGGGGGUCAAACUAGACUGAAGAUCAGCUGUUAAGCGGCGCUUCAGCAGGUCAUGACGGAGAUGAGGGGGGAGGUGAGAUAUUAGCUGGAUAGUCUUCUAUGGAGAAGUGCCAAGUACUGUAUGGUGUAGCAAGGACUAGGAGAAUCUGGUCAAAGACUGUAUGGGCUAGGAGGCUCUGGUCAGAGACUGUAUGGUGUAGCACGACUAGGAGGCUGUGGUCAAAGACUGUAUGGGCUAGGAGGCGCUGGUCAGAGACUGGUGUAGGAAGGACUAGGAGGCUGUGGUCAUGUGGUGUUUCUGAUAUCUAACACUAUGUACAAUCCCCUAGCAUGCUGGGAGAUGUAAAUGUUUUCAUUGAGGUAUUUUAUUCACUGUUUGAUGGGCUUCCUACAUGUUUAAGUAUACUUCUCCAGGAGUGGCUGUAGCUAUUAACUGUAUGGAAGAAAUACUUUAAGGUGUUCAAAUGUAACCAGACAUUCCAACUUUUUAAUCCAAAUUAAAUUACUUUCAACAUGAAA